CAACGAUGGGCCUCGAUCUCGUCAGUAUACCCUGCUCCCUCUUCUUACCAACCACCAUCUGGACAUAAGGAGGUUCACUAUUUGCGUUCAGCGCCUUUCUCACUACAGGCACCAUGCCUAUCCGCACUCUGGAGACCCCGGACAUUGCCACCCUCACAUCCGCUCCGGAGGAGUACCUCAUCUUCUACUCGUCCGUUGUCGAUGGCAAGAUGUGGUGUCCAGACUGCCGCGACGUCGAAGGGCGCGUGAACGCCGCCUUCGCGGGUGCAAAACAACCAUCGGCACUCAUUGUCUUCGUCGGCGACCGACCCACCUGGAAGUCUCCGGACAACAAGUAUCGGAAGGCGCCUUUCAACAUCAGGGGCGUGCCGACGCUGCUCAAGCUGAAAGAUGGCAAGGAAGUCGGCCGCCUCGUCGAGGGGGAGAUCCUCAGCAGCAAACUGGACGAGCUCAUCAGCGGCCAAUAGGCACAGGAAGCGGGAAACCGGCAGUGUAGCGUCGUCAAUUUGGCUUGGUAUUCAUACAACAAUCGUACAACACGAUGCUCACAACGAGCCUUACAUGGAGUCAUGGACUCCUCAAUCUGAUCUCGUCACGCGCAAACCGCCGCGAG